CGGGGGCGGUCCCUGAGGGGUGGGCGGGGCCCGACGGGCGCUCUGUGUGGCCGCGGCCAUGAAGCCGCAGCCGCCGGGCUAGGCCCCGGGCGGCGCUAGCCCAGGGCGGCCCGCGGAGGGCUGAGCCCGGCCGCCGGCUCCGGUUCCCGGGCCGGCGGGCGGCCGCUCACCAUGCCCGGCAAGCACCAGCACUUCCAGGAACCCGAGGUCGGCUGCUGCGGGAAAUACUUCCUGUUUGGCUUCAACAUUGUCUUCUGGGUGCUGGGAGCCCUGUUUCUGGCCAUCGGCCUCUGGGCCUGGGGUGAGAAGGGCGUUCUCUCCAACCUCUCGGCGCUGACAGAUCUGGGAGGCCUUGACCCCGUGUGGCUGUUUGUAGUAGUGGGAGGCAUCAUGUCCGUGCUGGGCUUUGCCGGCUGCAUAGGGGCUCUCCGGGAGAACACCUUCCUGCUCAAGUUUUUCUCCGUGUUCCUUGGCCUCAUCUUCUUCCUGGAGCUGGCGACAGGGAUCCUGGCCUUUGUCUUCAAGGACUGGAUUCGAGACCAGCUCAACCUCUUCAUCAACAACAACGUCAAGGCCUAUCGGGACGACAUUGACCUCCAGAACCUCAUUGACUUUGCUCAGGAAUACUGGUCUUGCUGCGGAGCCCGAGGGCCCAACGACUGGAACCUCAAUAUCUACUUCAACUGCACUGACUUGAACCCGAGCCGGGAGCGCUGCGGGGUGCCCUUCUCUUGCUGCGUCAGGGACCCUGCGGAAGAUGUCCUCAACACCCAGUGCGGCUACGAUGUCCGGCUCAAACUGGGGCAGGCGCGCCAAGCCUGGUGCCUGUGUGUUCCCAGGAGCUGGAGCAGCAGGGCUCUAUCCACACCAAAGGCUGCGUGGGCCAGUUCGAGAAGUGGCUGCAGGACAACCUGAUCGUCGUGGCUGGGGUCUUUGUGGGCAUCGCCCUCCUCCAGAUCUUCGGUAUCUGCCUGGCCCAGAACCUCGUGAGCGACAUCAAGGCAGUGAAGGCCAACUGGUGAGGCUGCCACGCUGGCCAUGGCCACCCGCUCGGCCUACCCAGGGAGCCCCCACUGUGCCUGUGGGGCUGCAGGAGGUGUUUCUGCUUGGACCCGAGCCCCACAUGGGGCUCGCGUGUGGAUGUGCCGUGCGCCCAUAGAGAAGGCCGCGUGCCUGUGCCUGGGCUGCCUGUCCUGUAGCUGUGUGCAUGGAGGGUGGGCGUGCCAGUAGGGUGUGCACAGGGAACCACUGUCUCGGCUCCUGUUGGGUGGUGGGCUCUCCAGGGGACUAGGAACGGUGCAGGCUGGGACACACUCCUCUGUGCAUGGCUGUGGAGCGGGCUGGGGGUCUGCUGUUGUCAGGACAGAGCCACAUGUAGCUUCGUAACUCUCUUCUCUACUAGCCGUGACCUUGACCCUGCCAGGAGCCCACUUUGGCCUCAGCGUCUCAGAUUCUAACAUGGGUCCAAGAAUUUUCUCUCCCUUGCUUGCCUCUCAGGAUCAAACAUGAUGAUGGCUACAAACUACUCAAAUAAACAAAACCUUGAAAGCACUGGCUUCCACCCACCGUCUCGGAGGUUCUGUCAGCGCAGGGCUUCGGCAGAGCUCUCCGCCUGGGGCCCGGCCCAGCCCACCCUGCCAGCGCGUGUUCUCGGCCUGGGUGGUGUAUACAUUCAAGCCAAGCUUUAACACUUGGUCUAUUUCACAUGAAAGUCCAGAUCUCUGGCUUCUCGUGAAGAUUGGCCAUCUGGCCACAGUGGCUCUUCAGUGACAACGUCUCCUGGGACACGCGCUUCCUGUUGCCUGAGGCACCCUGGCUCAUUCUGCUCCCCUGAGUGCGGUGCCUGACCUGGUAGCCUGGGGUUGGCCUCCCACGCCUCUGUAGGGUUAUUCCCUGUCGACACUGUGGGGCUGCUGUGGGCCAAGCCCGGGGUGAGGCCCAGGGAUGUGAAGAAUGGGAGGCUGGACCCUGUGCUGAAGAGGCAGCCUGGGAGGGGUCUGGCCCUCCUAGGGACUGAGAGGCUGCCUGUGUGCCCAAGACUGUGGCUGAGGGGUGGGAUAGACAUCAGGAAGGCUUUUGGAAGGAAGCAACUGGAAGCCCAGAGCUUGGCACCCCUGGGGUUGGGAGGAGACUGAUUUGGGGGCCAUCGAUGGUUGACUCCUCGGCCCUAGCUUGGAACUGUCUUCCUGGUGGCCUGCAGCACUGCCUCCUGGCCACCAGAGGGCGCGCCAGCACAGCUUUCCUGGUCUGGCUCGGUGGGCCGGGCGCCUGCUGCGGCCCUCCUGGUACUGCCGGUGCUCUGGGCUUUGGGGAGCUGGAAGACUUCUAAAGGAGCGCACCGGCCCAGACUUGGAGUAUGACUGCUGCUCUCAGCUCUGCCUCCUAGCUGCGUGAAGGGCUGUGUGUGGAGUGGCUCUACGCACCCCUCCCCGGGCUGCCCCUGGUGGAUGAGACGAGGGGUUGGAGCUAGUUCCCAGUCUCCAACUCGGAUGCCCUUGGGGCCAGGCAGGUUAUAGAAGUGAAUGACGUAGGCCUUUGAGUUGUGAGGCCUUUGCAGUACGACUUUGACUUUCCUGCUGUUACUGCAGACGGACACAGAGACAUGGCUUUGGGACAAGAGAAGUAUCUGCACAAUCAAGUUGUAAUGGCAACUGGCCUUGAGAGACAAUAGGGUGUGGUGGGGACUGUGGCAAAGCACAGGUCCCCACCUGAAGUUGGUGGCUGUCAUUGAAUUGUAGCUAAUUGCUGUAAAGUGAGAAUGCGGGCUAAUGCCAGAAAUCUGGAGAAACCAGAAAUCCAGAUUUUUAUGUGAGAUGUCCUGAUUUUUAAGUUGUUGGCAACUAAUUAAAAAAAUUUUAAAACGCUGCAAGCUGAACGACAGGCUUGGGGCCCCGCUUUGGCCCCUGUGCCCCAUAGGUCCCUUUGGGACAGUCACCCGCAGGGCCCUGGCUGCUCUGCCAUUCAGGGAUGCCGGGAGCUGCUGCAGGGGCAGUGUGUGGGGCACGCACUUGGCGCUGUGGCUCCCAGACACAGGCGGGACAGUGUCCUGGGGUUCCUGACAGGCACCGGCGUGGGCGGUGUCUACGCCUGACAAUAAAUGCGGCUCACAAUGCUGCACAUGUG